AUGGCUGUUUUUCGAUCUCAAUCAAGAAAGUAAGGUUUCAAAUGUGUUUUGGUUACUUUUAAUGUUUAGAAGAUCACACUCACGUCCUAAACCAUCGACAAUAUCACGAAUACCUUCAAGCGGCGAACUGAGACUGCCACCUGAGAGAGAGAAUGACAAUGUAGAAUAUAAAGUAAUAUUUUUAUAACAUAAGAUUUAAAAAAUUUUACACUGAAAUAUUUUUGAAUAUUUGAAUUAUGAUUUUAAUAACCAUAACUUAAGAUAAAAUACUCUUAAAAUGCCUAAUAUUGCAUAUAAUAUUUAUUAACCUUAUAGUCUCGCCUAAUAAACCCUCAUGCCAAACGCCUUCAACACUUGUGUACGCAGAUGAAAUGGCGGCUACAACAAGGUGACGGUGAAGCUAUCUACGAGAUCGGAGUAGAAGACGAUGGUACGAUGGCUGGCCUAGAAAACGACGAAAUGUCAGAGAGUAUGCAGACAUUAUGCAAAAUGGCACAGAGUGUUGGAGCAGUACUAAUAGUACUCCAAGACCAGUGUGUACACGGCAAGCCAGGAGAGCCUGGAGCACGACGAGUGAUUGAAGCGCUGGUCAGAAAGUUGCCGGACGAUCAACAGUUCUCUGACUUACGGUAGGUUAUUGAGUUUUAUAGAAUAUAUUAUCAUAAACGUAACAUUAACCGUAUUUUACAAUAUUAUUCAUGAGUGAUUUCAGAGUGGCCAUAUUGGGGAAUGCAGCAGCGGGUAAAUCGACUUUAUGCGGAGUACUUACACAAGGGGUUCUGGACAAUGGAAACGGUAAAUGUAGACUUAACUUAUUACGGUAUAUGCACGAAGUUCGAACCGGCAAGACGUCUUCUGUCAACUUGGAUGCCUUUGGGUUUGACAAGUCUGGCAGUGUAAGUUAAUGUCAUAUUUUGAGCUUUUACUAUAUUUUAAAACGUUUUUGAAUUAAGCUUACAUUGACAAUACGGCACUUAACUUAUUUUAAGUAACAAUUGGUAAGUUAUCGUAUUUUACGUAACAAUUAACUAAAUUAUUCUAAUUUAGGUACUAAAUUACUCAGAAAACUCAUUGGAAGAGAUUGUGAAACAAUCGACCAAGCUGAUUACUUUGAUCGAUUUGGCUGGCGACAAAAAGUAUCUGAAGACCACCAUCUACGGUGUAUCCGGCUACACUCCUCAUUACUGUGCUCUUCUGGUCAACGCCAGAGUGGGAUGGUCAACCAUGAGCCAAGAACACUUCGAAUUGGCCAAAGCUUUUAAUAUUCCCGUCUUCAUCGUAGUUACUAAAGUAGACUUGAUAUCUGAAGGCAGGAUUCAGAAGAUUUUCCAACAGAUUCAGGCGGUUGUCACUAGAGCACACCCGAAUCUGACCGUGGAGAUGGUUACAGAAGAAGACAUGGUUGAAAGGUAGGAGUCUGACUGUUUAUUUGUAAAAUACGCAUAUUAUUAUUGACGUUAAAGUAGGCAACUAUGACAAGACUUCUACUACAUCAUAAAAAAUAAAUUCUGACAAAACUUAUUGUAGCUAUGCCAACGACAUGAUAAAUGACCAAGUAGUACCCAUUGUGUGUAUCUCAUCAGUGACUGGUGCUGGUCUUCAAACUCUGACCACUUUCUUCAGGAAACUACCAGCCAGAAGCAGCAGACAUCGUCAGGUUUCAGAAUCCGAAACUCGUUCCACGCUGUUCCAUGUAGACGAAGUGUUCCGGGUUUCUGAAGUCGGAUGGGUAGUGUACGGUCUGUUGGCUGAAGGUAAUGUGAAAGAGAACGACUGGGUCCAAGUGGGACCAGACCUCAACAACCAGUUCCACUUUGGUCAGGUCAAGUCGCUGAGGAGGAACAAACAGCCAGUCUGGACUGUGAACGCUGGGGAAACCGCUUCAUUGGCUGUGUCAUUUGAGGAUUCUGGACCUGAGAAUUGGUUGAGGAAGGUAAGGUAACUAGAGAGUGAUUUAUGGGUUUACUGUAAUGGUGUUGUAUAAUAUAAUAAUAAUGUAAAUUACUAUCACGUUGUUAUAGGGAAUGGUAGUCAUGAACCCAGAAGCAACUCCCAGAUGUUGUAGACGAUUCGUAGCUCGUUUUUGUCUUUUAUCUCAUGCUGUAGAAGAAUUGUGUGUUGGCUUCCAAGGCACUGGUAAGUUUCAACCAUUUCCUAUGAUAAUAUCAGUAAAUUUAUCACGGUAACAUUAAUCCUCAUCUACAUGUUCGUAUAAAUAAAUACCGUUUACAGUGUACAUACGAUCUCUACGUCGCACAGUGACCAUCGUGGACUUCAGUGCAGAAUCCUUGAAGUGUGGAGUAACAUCUGACGUCACUUUCGAGUUUUAUGGAGGACCAUCGUAUGUUCGACCGGGAGAGCAAAUCUUCUUCCGCGAACGUAAUACCAAAGGAGUAGGUCAAGUACUGUCGAUCGUGUGA